GUCAGGGCUGCCCAGACCCCUGCCCCGCCCGCGGUCGGCCAGGCCAGCCCUGCGCGAGCGCCGGCUCACACGGGUCCCACCUCCCGCGGCGCGGGCCCGCCCCGACCUCGGGCUCAGCCUCGCGCUCGGGCGCCCACCUGGGGAGGCGGCGGCCCGGACCUCGGGCGCCGGUAGCCAGGGCCCCGCGCGGGUGGCGCGGGCUCCGAGCCAGCGCCCCCCAGCGCCCCAGACCCCGAGCGGGGCCCGCCCGGCGCCCUCCCCGCCCCCACUGCGCCUCGCCCCGCCGCCCGCGGCCCCCACCCACCGGCCGCUCCUCCCCUCUCCCCACCCUCCUCCUCCGCCCCCUCCCCUCCCCCGCCGCCUCGCCUACCGCCCGGCCGAGCGUCUGAGCCGCCCCGGCCCGGAGCGCAGGCGGCUAGGCCACCGCACCUGCAGCGUGCUCGGGCUGCCGAGCCGGCACCUCGCCUCCCGCCGCCCGACCUCCUUCUCCCCACGCGCCGGGUCUCCCAUGACGCCCGAGCUUCCCGGCCGGCGACAAUGACCACUUCCCUGCAAGAUGGGCAGAGCGCCGCGGGUCGGGCGGCUGCCCGGGACUCGCCGCUGGCCGCCCAGGUGUGCGGCGCUGCCCAGGGGAGGGGCGACGCCCGCGACCUGGUGCCGGCACCCUGGCUGCACGCGCGGGCGCUCCUGCCCCCUCCGGACGGGACCCGCGGCUGUGCUGCAGACAGGAGAAAAAAGAAAGAUCUUGAUGUUCUGGAAAUGCCAUCUAUUCCAAACCCUUUUCCUGAGCUAUGCUGCUCUCCAUUUACAUCUGUGUUGUCAGCAGGCCUGUUUCCCAAAGCAAAUUCAAGGAAAAAACAGGUAAUUAAAGUAUACAGUGAAGAUGAAACCAGCAGGGCUUUAGAGGUACCCAGUGACAUAACUGCCCGAGAUGUUUGCCAGCUGUUGAUCCUGAAGAAUCAUUACAUUGAUGACCACAGCUGGACCCUUUUUGAGCACCUGCCUCACAUAGGUCUAGAAAGAACAAUAGAAGACCACGAGCUGGUGAUUGAAGUGCUAUCUAACUGGGGAAUGGAAGAAGAAAAUAAGCUAUACUUUAGAAAAAAUUAUGCCAAAUAUGAAUUCUUUAAAAACCCAAUGUAUUUUUUUCCAGAGCAUAUGGUGUCUUUUGCAACUGAAACCAAUGGUGAAAUAUCCCCCACACAGAUUUUGCAGAUGUUUCUGAGUUCAAGCACAUAUCCUGAAAUCCAUGGCUUCUUACACGCAAAAGAACAGGGAAAGAAGUCCUGGAAAAAGAUUUACUUCCUUUUAAGAAGAUCCGGUUUAUAUUUUUCUACUAAAGGGACAUCAAAGGAACCACGGCAUUUGCAGUUUUUCAGCGAAUUUGGCAAUAGUGAUAUUUAUGUGUCACUGGCAGGCAAAAAAAAACAUGGAGCACCGACUAACUAUGGAUUCUGCUUUAAGCCUAACAAAGCAGGAGGGCCUCGAGACCUGAAAAUGCUCUGUGCAGAAGAAGAGCAGAGUAGGACGUGCUGGGUGACCGCGAUUAGAUUGUUUAAGUAUGGCAUGCAGCUGUACCAGAAUUACAUGCACCCAUAUCAAGGUAGAAGUGGCUGCAGUUCUCAGAGUAUAUCACCCAUGAGAAGUAUAUCAGAGAAUUCCCUGGUAGCAAUGGACUUCUCAGGCCAGAAAAGCAGAGUUAUAGAAAAUCCCACUGAAGCCCUUUCAGUUGCAGUUGAAGAAGGACUAGCUUGGAGGAAAAAAGGAUGUUUACGCCUGGGCACUCAUGGUAGCCCCACUGCGUCUUCACAGAGCUGUGCCACAAACAUGGCUAUCCACCGGUCCCAACCAUGGUUUCACCACAAAAUUUCUAGAGAGGAAGCUCAGCGACUGAUCAUUCAGCAAGGUCUAGUGGAUGGAGUUUUCUUGGUACGGGAUAGUCAGAGCAACCCCAAAACUUUCGUACUGUCAAUGAGUCAUGGACAAAAAAUAAAGCACUUUCAAAUUAUACCAGUGGAAGAUGAUGGUGAAAUGUUCCACACCCUGGAUGAUGGGCACACAAGAUUUACGGAUCUAAUCCAGCUGGUGGAGUUCUAUCAACUCAAUAAGGGCGUUCUUCCUUGCAAGCUGAAACAUUAUUGUGCUAGGAUUGCACUUUAGCCAAACAAGAAGUGACUUGUUAAACUGCUGAAGAAAAAGGACUCAAGAAAAAGGAAGACCAUAAAUAAGGGUGAAAGCAUUGCCGUGGUGAAAAGAAUCUAUUUCUCUUACCAGUUACAAAAAAUAGUUUGUGCAUUACAAAUAAGUAAAGAUUUGGAUUGACAUUACCUUCAUCAUUUAAAUAUUAGUUAAAAUUAAACCUCCAAAAAAAAAAUCUGGUGUGUUCUUGUGUGAUUUUCCAUUACUAUAAUAUUUUCUUCAAUUAUGCACAUUUUAAACAUCUUUCUGUCCUUAUUUACUAUAGCAACAUUAGAAUUCUCAACCACAAAGUAUGAAAAAAAGUUGGGGCUCAGAAUGAAUUAUUUGUGGACUGAAUUUCAAUUAACUACUGUUUUUGUAACUUAAGAAGUAUGAUAAAAAACCUGAGUUAACAAUUAAAAGAAGCUACUCACAACCUGUUAAUAAAACUAAAAACUAUUUUGAAUUGUAUAUUUUCUGAUUUUAUUAUAACCUUAAAAUCAAAUCAUAUUUUGAAAUAGCAGCUUAAAAUUAUUUUGAAGUAUUGAUAUAUUGAUUUUUUUUCAGGAUGACUUUUAUUACAUAUUAAAUUAUUAAUUAUACUAUAAUAUUUACACUGAUACUGUACCUAUUAGUGACACGUUAUUCACUGCAUUUUUUUCAUUCACUUAAGGAUUGACUGGAACUAUCUACUUGUUUUUAAGGAAAUGAUUAAAAUAUAGAGGGGAUUUAUAUAAUUUGCACAUGCUUUCUCAUGGCAUGUAAUCUGUCACAGUGUAACAUUUUUCACAUUAAUAUUUCACAUUUGCCCCACGCUGUAACUUUCAGAAGUUUCUUUAGAUCCUUAUACAACUAGAUGAGUAACCUGAUCAAAAUGUUAAAAUCAAAGAUGCAAAAUCUAUUAAGGUCCGAAUAGGUAAAUCCAUGCUAUUCUCUUUGCCUACUCCCUUUUCAUCAUCUUACCUUGGCAAUGUCGGUAUGGAAAAGGUUUUGGAAACAUGAGGCACCCACCUCCCUUAUCACCUCACUGAGACCAUCUAGAAAGUUUUUGUUGGGAUUUAUAACUCUGUUUUUCCUACUUUUUGUGAGAAGGGUAUUCACUGUUCUAAAAAAAGAUGAGAAAUAAAACAUUAAAUAAACGUUAAAAUCAUACAAAAUAUUGCUCAUCCCCUUUGAUCCUCGUAACAACAUUUUGGGAAAGAUAAGAAGGUUUUUUAAGAACAAUAUUUCAAGAAUGCAUACUGUAGUUUUAAAUAAAAGCUAUUCAUUUUUGGUAAUAGAGCAUCUGAAAACAUUCAUACAAUGCUAAUAAAAUCAAUUAUUACUGAAAAAGAAUUACUGGCAGAAUUUUAAAAAUACUCAAUUUGCUUUUAGCCAAAGCAAACCUAAUUCUUAAAACACUGAAACUUAGAACAUAAAUCUGAUGCUAUAAAAUAUCGAUCUGGUGUCUACAAAGGCUUGAAUGACACAUAGGACCCUAAAUAGAGGAGCAAGAGGUAAACACACUUGACCCUUUCAACCUUGUAGAGUAUCUCUGAUUAUUUCUGACUUAUUUCUGAUUUAUAAAAAUAUUUUGUGUUUUGAACUGAUAUGCAUUUUCUUAUUUUGCACCAGGGUCAAAUUGACCAUAUCAGAAAAUGUAAUAUUUUAAAUGCUAGACUCUCAUAAAUUGACCAAUUU